AUUAGAAGAAGGAGAGGAAGUACGUACGUCAAGCAACACAUUGCAUUGCAUGCAAACCUCUUUAAUUAUUAACUCAUGCAUGCAAACCCACGUGAGUAUGGGAUCCAUAUUUCAGCUGAGAUCGAGCUCCGACUACUACCUCAACGCCAACUACUUCGACCCCAAAGACAACAACAUCUACGUCCACAGGCUAACCGACUCCGCCGCCGCCGGGGGGAAAGAGCGGUGGGAGUACACGGCGGCGAUAGGCGAAACCCAAGAAUUCAAAGAGCUUGAAUUGUCGUCGGGAGUUGUGAUCCGGGGAGAGAAGCUGGCGGAGCUGGUGGGAGAUCUCCGGCCAGCAGCUGCAACCCACGACGACACGUCGUCAUCUCGAGCGACGUCGUUUUACAGCCUGAGGGUCAACAACGAAGGCCGAUGUUACAUUCGGAGCGAUGUCGUAGGAGACUUUCUGCAUGGGUCCCGGCUCAACGCCACCUUCGACUGGUCCAAAUACGGCGCCGUUGUGACGAGGACGAGUGCAUCAACAACGUCGGAGGAGAAGUGGAAGGUGGUGGCGGAAGAGAAGACCAAGGAGCUGGAAGCUUGCUUGCUGAAGCUGAAGGAGGUGAGUGGUGAGAAAGGUGGUGAAGAGAAAGAGUUGGCAGGCUCGGGAGGUGAAGGAGAAGAAGAAGGGUAUUGGGAAGUUUCUUCUACUUGGAAGGAGGGUAGGGUUUCGAGGCCUGGAUUUAUGGAUUGUUCUGCGGUGUUGGUGGUUGUGUUCUAUUUUCUGGGGCUCUAUUAUUGGGGAGCCAAACUUCUGGCUGUGUUGUUCAGGAAAAGAAGCCAAAAUACACAGGAUAAUGAUGGUGGCAUGCAAUAAUUCCACUAUGUAAUAUAUAUUCCUGCAUGUACAAUGAAUUAUAUGAUAUAUGAUCAUGUUUGCACUAAUUUUAAAUAAAAUAAAUUCAUAAAAGUAAAAUUAAUUAAAAAGUAUGUAAUCAUGUAAAUCUAUAUUUUUUUUAUAUCCAACUGUAUUUAAAAUUUAUAUUUACGAAUCACUGAUAUUUCAUUAAAUUUUAUUAAAUAAUCAUUUCUAAAUUGACUUGAUGAGGGAGAGUUAGAGUUGAUCAGAGAGGGGAAUGAGGAAUUGAGAAAGAAUUAGAGAUUUAGUUGAUAUUUUUAUAAAUAUAAUUAGUAUUGUAUACUUAUAUUAGUUUUGUAACAAUAAACAAUUUGUAGUCCAAAGUUCAACGAAAAUUCAAGAAAUAUCAAAAGAAUUUAUGUUUCGGAUAUAAUAAAAUAAUAUUUUGUCACACUUGUGUAUUUGUUGUUAGCAUGUUCACAUUUGGGGUAAAUUGGGUAAGGGAACGGAAUACAUAUUUGUAUUUGGAAAAUUUUCAAGAGUCUAAUUAUUGAGAUAAUGACUUGAUUUUUUAUAUAUAGUAAAUUACUAAUAGGAUCUAUGAUUCUAGCUAGAUGUUUUAUGUUGAACCCUCACGAUUUCUAAUAGUAAAUAAAUUAAAUUUAUGCACAAGAGAGAGGGAUGUAUAACAGGACAUCUCUUAACACGUAAUUCGAAUUUUUGUCACAAAUUGGUCUCGAUAUAUUGCACAUGCAACCAUCCACAAAGUCUUAUUUAAUAUAAUGAUCGAGUAUGACUGGUGAACGGUUGGAUACUACGUGCUAGUUUGGACAUGUUGUAGUUUUUGCAAAGGCAGUUUUUGGUGGAGUUUUUAGAGAAGUACUUUUGAAAAAAGCUAUUUACUAUUUCGUUGGAAAAAUAUUAGAAGUUCUUUUUAAUACAAGAGGUUGUGUAAAAUGACUAUAAAGAACAUAUAAUAUAAAACUAGUGUGGGCCCCGGCCAGUUGGCCGGAGGAAGGUAGGAUGGCAAUGGGUCGGGUUGGGUCGGGUUUUGCCAAAUUCAAAUCCAAAUUCAUGGGUUUAUCCGUGAAAAAAAUUCGGGGUAAAAUCCACUGGGUUUGAAAAACUCAAACCCAACUCAACCCCCUGGGUAUCCGCGGGUUCAUGGGUACCCACAGGUUUUUGUCUUAAAAAAUUUACAAUAACAAGUUGCUAUCAAAAUUAAAGUCAAAUAUCAAUCUCUCAAUACAAAUUAUCCAUAUAUAAAAUACCAUUCUAGAAAAUUCAAGCAAAUAACAAAUUAUCCAUAAAUAACAUGAUUAAUUGAAAGCUUCUUCCUUUCAAUUAAGUUUCUUCACUCUCCACUCGAUAACAUCAACUUCAUUCUACACAAUUAGAAAGAAAAAAUUAGACAUGUCUCCACAAACAUAAAUAAGAUAAGUUGUUUAGAAUAUUAAAUAUAUCGAGAAAAUUAAUUAUAUGGGUGUGGGCGGGUACCCAUGGGUCGGGUUUACCUAAACCCAAACCCAACCCGAUGAAUAUUGAACGGGUUUAAACCCAAACCCGGCCCAAAACCCGUCAACACGGAUUUUACCCGCGUUGACCGAGUUGGGUAGGGUGGGUACCCGUGGGUUCGGAUUUUGUUUUCAUCCCUAGAGGAAGGUGAGGUAUGAAAUUUGAUAAUGUAAUGGGGUGUAUAACUUAUUGUUGUAUAGUUUUUUUGGGAAACACGUGUUCUAAGUUUUUGGCGCGCCCGAAUAAUCAAAAGACCUGAAGGUCUUUUGAUUAUUCGGACAAUAGAAUUAGAAGUGGAAUCUGAUUUUCCACUUAUAAAAUUAAAAAAUAAAUAGAAUGGAAUAAAAAUAGUGAAUUUUAGCAGGAAAGAGACAUUAAUGAUGCAACAAAUCAAAAAUCGGCCUUAUGAACCAAAAUCAAGUACCUGUUACCUUGUGAAACAAUAUUGUUUCUGGUAAUAUGAUGAGAUGGAGUAAGUUUUAUAGAAACUGAUUUCCAGAAAAUCGAAUAAAAAAUCGCCUAUCCCGUCGGUUUUCGGGAAAUGAGCAUCUCACAAUCGUUGCUAGCUUUUACUCGGCCCGUUGGCCGAUUAAUUUGGUUUAUAAAACUUUCAUCUUGUCGUCAUUGUGCUUUCUGGUUUUUUUCAGGCUAUGAUAAAAUCUAAGGAAAUAAAGAACGAACAACACGAUUUGGGAUAGGAACCGUCGUUGUCGUAUCCCUAGAAAAUGGUGGUAAACAUGGACUCACCUGCCAAACUGGUUUGGAUUGAGAUUUUUAUCGGGUAUCAGGGAACCAUGUGAUUAUAAAUUAGACUUGAUCAAAAGGGGCCAAAACUUGAAAUGCAGCCUGUUUGACCGACCCAUGCCAAAUUCUAAUUAUUCUUUACUUUUAAACUUUUUAUUUGAAAAUAAAAAAUAGUGAAAGAAAAGAGAUGACUGCCAUUUGCACAUCACUUAUUCGGGAAUAAAACCAUAGAAAUUCAAAAGGAACUGAAAAUGUUAGGACCGUUUUAAUGUUUAAAAUAACCAAAUAGAUCUUUCUGUUUAGUUUUUUACUAACAAAUUCCAAACGAUUCCCUAUAAAAUACACUAUGAUUUGAUCAUUAUGAUAUCAAAUAAUUAUAUAAUAUAUAUUUGAAAUGAUAAAAAUUGGACUAAUUGGGUUGGUCGAGGUUGAACCAUUGAAUAACUUUAAAAUACAUUAUAUUUUAGCCACUAAGAUAUAAAAUAAUAGCAUAAUAUAUUAUGCCAGAGAAAAUAGCUUGUUUUAGAAUGUCAAACCAAUGAUGUUCAUUUGUUUCACUUUAUGUCCAAAUCCCGUGUAGGUCAAACCAAUUCAACUCUUUUAUUUUAUGGUUAGCGGUUAGCCCAUUAGAUACCAUGCAUUAGUUUAUUGUUAAAUUUUUUAUUUUUAGCAAUAAAAAGAAGUAUUGUUUUUGCCUCUUCAUAUAUAUUUUAUCACCACGGAGAAAUAAAAGGGCUUAAUGAAAAAAUUGACACUCUUGAACCCGUUUAAAUCCGCAUGUGUACGGUAAGUUGGCCCGUUCCACAGAGGAAAGAGGAAAAAAUUGACACUCCCUAUUCUAUCAUUCCUACAAACGCUCCUGGAGCAGGAAAUUUGAAAUGGGGGAAGGGUUUUUUCCUCUCUGCUAUUAUAUCUUUUUAAUUUAAAAAGAUACAAUAAAUGUACUUAGUGUGAUUGGUUAUGAUCCUUACUUUUCCUUAAAAUGGUCAUGGUUCGAAUCCCACUACGUGUCUUUUUAAUGAAUUAAAAAAAGCAAGUGUGAAGACCAAAAUUUCCUUCCUACUUUCACUCUCGUUGCAGGAAAUUUGAAAUGGGGCUCCCGUUUUUCCCUUCGGUGUAUUAUAUUAUGUGUAGAUAUGAAUAAAACUUUUCAACGAUAAGAAAUAGUCAAAAUGGAU